GCUUUUUCCAGGAGUGGCAGCAGUCCCUGUGGAGAGAUCCUUGAGAACCUGAACUUGUUCUAGGAAUUUCUCCGGCAUGGCCAAUCAGGGAGAUGGUUCUUAUUCCCCUUCUCACUCCGCAUCUCGCAAGAUUCGAUUGAAUCGAUGUGGUGAGAUGUGGAGAAAGCGGAAAGCCUCCGAAGCUGACGGGAGUGGCAUCGCGGUGAAGCGCAGCCUUGUUGAAAGUCUGGAUAAGAAGCUGGAGGUUGAUGAAGCACCAAAGAAUACUCCAGCGACACCAGAGAAGGCUGCUAAAUCUAUGGCAGAAAUCCACGUGGAAACACUGGAGGAAAUCCGCCAGGAGAAAGCGAAUCGACAAGGCGGAACUCCAGCUCGGCUCCCGGCUGCAGGGCAGUGUGACACGGAAGAGCAAGGCAGAGAGACAAGACCUUCCCAGGCAGUUUGCAUCUCAGCUUUCUCCCAAGCCCAGCCUCUAAGAAAACGUAGGCAGUCAGAAGAAGGGAAGCCAAAUGCAGAUGAGUUGCCUACCAAGAGAAGGCUUCUGGGUGAAAACAAGAUACAGAGCAUCCUCACUCCAUCUGUUGCUGGCCAAGUGAAGUUGGAAGAGCCAGUGCAAAAAGUCAAGCCUUUAGAAGAAAUCCAUAUUAAAACCCUGGAAGAAAUCAGGAGGGAGAAAGCUCUGCAGAUUCAACAGAGGGACGAAAGCGUGCCAGCUCCUCCAGCACCACCUGCACCUGCCCCAGCACGGAGGAGAUUGAUCAGGAUCCCAAAGCUAAGAGCACCCGCAAAAGAAGAAAGGACACACGUGGAAUCCAGCACAUCUGUUCCUGAAGCUGUCUGUGCACCUGCACGGAAGCGCAAGGCAGCUGAGAUGGGUCGCUGUGCUGUGAGUGCCACCGCUGAUGGCACGGAGGAGCCUCCAGCUAAACGUGCAGCUGAGGUAAGGACCGUGGCUGAAGCUGUCGUGGAUCCCCAGUCGUAG